CAAAGCUUUCAGAGUUGUUCCGAGAGAGCGAGAAAGAGAGAGAGAGAUCAAACCCUCAAUCCUAAUUUUCUUUCAUCAUCACUUCACUCAUUCAUUAGCCCUAAUCACCCUCACCUCCGAUUCCGAUUUCAAUCCAAUGGCCGUGAAUCAUUCCGCUGUUUCCUCCCCUUGGAACCAGAUUGUGGCCGCCGCCGCCACCGCCGCUGCACCUCCUCCAUCAUCAUCUCCGCCUCCAUCUGCCGCUGUCGUCCACACUUCCAUCGUCAAUUCUGCACCGGUUGAUGACUCUGACAACGCCGCCGGUGGACAGAAUGUCAAUACCGUCAAGAGGCAGGUUUGGAAUAAACCCUCCAAUGCUGCUUCCUCUUCUGUCAUGGGCGCUGAGUCUUGGCCUGCGUUAUCUGAAUCCGCUAGGUCUCCGGCUAAAUCGCCGCUUGAAUCUGUGAAAGCUGUUACCGAUUCGGCGACUUUGCCUUCAUUGCAGGGUACUGGAAGCUUGCUUCCCUCUCCUCAGAGGCAAGUUAGGGAGAACGCAACUGCAAACAAUGUGGCGCCAGGGCCGACUCACCAGAAGCCUUUUAGGCGUGGGAAUUCAAACCUGCUUUCUAAUGGAGGCCACCCGCCACAAAUGUCUGCACCUCAAGGUUCCAUGGUUGUCCCACCAGGGCCCCACAGCCACAACCACACUCCGAAGGACAAUCCACCAAGGGCUGGGUUUGUGCCUAAUGAUCACCAGCAGCACCGAAAUUCAUUCCGGAACAGGAAUGGCGGUCCACAUCAACGUGGGGAUGGGUCUCACCAUCAUAACUAUGGAGGAAGGCGUGAUCAGGACCGGGCAAACCAGGACUGGAAUACUCACCGGAGAAAUUUUAACGGUAGAGACAAUUAUAUGUCUCCAAGAUUUGUUCCACAGUUUAUAAGGCCUCCACUUCCUAGUCCUGGUCAAUUGUAUCCCCCACCACCUCCACCACCAAUUCGGUCUUUUGGGGGCUCAAUGGGAUAUCAUGAACUAGCACCUCCAAUGCUAUAUAUUCCUCCACCGAUGGAGUCACUAAGAGGUGUUCCGUUUGUGCCACCACCGAUGCCACCUAAUGCAAUGUAUUUUCAACCUCAAGAUCUUCAGUUGCAUACGAAGAUUGUAAAUCAGAUUGAUUAUUACUUCAGCAAUGAGAAUUUAAUUAAAGAUAUAUAUUUGCGGAAGAACAUGGAUGAUCAGGGCUGGGUCCCUUUAAAUUUAAUAGCAGGCUUCAAGAAAGUCAAGCAAAUGACUGACAAUUUUCAGAUUGUAUCUGAUGCUGUUCGAACUUCAUCUGUUGUCGAAAUGCAGGGUGACAAAAUAAGGAGAUGGAAUGAUUGGAAGAAAUGGAUCAUGCCUUCUACUCAGUUACCUAACGUUGCUGGCUCACAAAAUAUUGGACAGCUAGCAGAAAAAGUCCAAAGCAUUGCUUUGGAAGCAACUAAAAAUGGUGCAGCUGGAGGAUUAGAUGUUUCACAAAUUAGACCUCCGAGUGAUUCAAAUAAUAAAUAUCUGAUCUCCACUGGCGAGAAUGCCGGUCAAAUUGGCAUUCAAGUUUCUGAUUAGAUCUGCAGUGCAGCAAAAAUAUUCUUUGGAGGGAAGGAGGAAACGGAUCUAACACGUUGUGAUUUUUUACGGAAAGAGGAAACGGGAUUUAACAUGUUCUGAGUUUUUACAUGCGGCAAUGUGAUUUCUCAUGAGGUAUAUGAGGUAUCUAGUAUAAUGUGAUUGAGAAAUGGUGAGAAAAUAUCUUGACUUAAAUAUGUUUUUGUUCUUUGUAAAUACACAAUUUUUUUUUAGUUCUGUAAAAAAAUUUAUAUGUUUUUAAUCUUUACAAAUAUACCAUUUUUUAUAUUUAAUUUUUGUUGUUUUGUUUUAGUCUUUGUAACAUUUGUUUAGGUUGGAAUUGAUCCCUCCAAUAUUAUUUUAGUCCUUAGGUGGCUAUAUUUGAGGGACUAAAAUCAAAUGCUCUACAUUUUACUAAGAUCAAUUCCAAUAUAAACAAUUAUUCCUAGGACUAGAACAUGAAAAAAAAAUCAAAGGCCAAAAACAACAACUGGUAUUUUUGCAAAGAUUAAAAUCAAAGAAUUUUUUUAUGGAGACUAAAAACAAAAAGUUGUAUAUUUGUAAAAGAAGAAAAACAUAUUUAAGUUCAACAAAAAAAAAAUCCAAUUGGUGAAAUGGCUCUCACAAAUGCACAUUUACAUUUUCUAUGAAGUGGAGCUAGUAGCAUGACUCUUCACUUUUGUUCAUAUGGGUUCUCAUAUGAGGUGUAAUGUUCCUACUUUGAUUGUGGGAUGGUUGGAAAAUUUUCUAUAUUAGAAACCAGAAAGAGAAGCACAAGUUGACUGAGUUGGGAGGACAUGUCCCAACAAAGGGCGAGAAUCGACAGUUUUUUAUGGGGUGUGUGUCUUCUUUGGGGGUCAUCUUCCCACAAGGUCUAUGAGAUUGUUAUGGGUGUUGAAUGGAAUUUGAGUUUGAUAUAAGCUACUAGUUCACUGAAUGAGAAAGAUGUGGAAUUUGUGCUGACGGAGCUGGUCCUGCAACUGCAUUAUACAAUGAUGACAUCAUGUUCCUCACAUCAUAUUUAGAAUGACUUCAUAUUUAAACUUUUGUUUUCUUUGUUUUUAGUCUUUUUUCCUAGUUUUCCUUUAUUUUUAACUUAGGCAUAAGUAUCUCAUGUGGUACUAUAUAAACUUUAACUAUCCUGAUAGUUAAUGCGACUUGAACUAUCCAGUCUGUUAGAGAAGUUUUUGUUAGUGUUACGAUCAAUUUUGUAAUAUAAUUAUCAGUGCUUCGUAAUGGAGCAUAUUAUUAAAUUAAUGCAUAUUAUUAAAUUAAUGCUUA